UCUAUAGUUUUCUUAAAAUCUUUUUCUCUCUCCUUUUUAUUUAUUUAUUUCGCUCUCUAGGGUCUGCAAGAACUGCAAUUUUUUAUCGUUACAUUUCCAUCUUUGGAAAUCUCAAAUUCUGACAUUAAAAAUCAUAAUCAGGGAGUGUAUAGAUUUCUUUGUGUGCAUAUUUUUAUGGUGAUGACAGAUGAAGAAGGCGAUCCAACGGCGAAGAGCUCGCCGUCAUUGCCGGAAACACAAUCUCCGCCGUCGGAUGGCGGGAAGAAAAUCAAGAGGGUGCGGGAAGUGGCGAGGUCCAGCCCCAGCAAGCACCCGGUGUACCGUGGAGUUCGAAUGCGGAACUGGGGGAAGUGGGUCUCCGAGAUCCGGGAGCCGCGGAAGAAAUCGAGGAUAUGGCUAGGGACAUUUCCGACGCCGGAGAUGGCGGCGCGUGCGCACGACGUGGCGGCACUGAGCAUAAAGGGAACAUCGGCGAUACUGAAUUUCCCGGAGAUCGCCGCCGCGCUUCCCCGGCCGGUCUCCCUCAGCCCGUGCGACAUCCAGAACGCCGCCGCGAAGGCGGCGGCGAUGGUGAAAUUCGACGUCCGAUCGUCGUCGCCGACGAGCACAUCGUCGUCUUCCGCCGUCUCUUCUUCAAUCGACUUCUCGACGACGUCGUCUGAUGAACUGAGUGAAAUCGUCGAGUUACCGAGUUUGGACGACGACUCAGUUGAGUUGAUGAUGAACGAGUUCGUGUACAUGGAUGACGUGGCGGCGGCAGACGGGUGGCUGGACGGUGCUGCUCCGCCGUGGGACGGCGGAGCUCAGUGCAGCAGCUUCGAAUCUAUAUUAUGGAAUUACUAAUCGAAUGAAUUAAUCUCUUGUUAAUUAAACUAAUAAAUUAAAUCAAAUUCCCAUUGUUGAAAACCCUAAUCCCCAAAACUGUAUGUGUGUAUGCUGUCUUCUUCUUCCGAAUCAAACUGUACAAAAUUAGGGUUCUUCGGAACACCCAAAUUAAAACUUUCUGUUUUUUUUUUUCCAAUAAAUAAAGAAAUGGUUUGUGGAUUGAAGAUUGAAGAUUGAAGUGAAGGUGGGGAUUGAUGAGGGAGGAAGAAGAUGGAGAAUCUGUGAAAAUGACAACCUUCCUCAUAAGGGCAAACAGUGUCGUUUUCGAUCCUUGCGAAUUGCUUUUUCUUCAGAGAAUUACUCUUACUCCUUAGCUUGUAAUAAUAUAAAUAAUAAUCUCUAUCUCUCUCUCUCUAUAUAUAUAUAUACAGACAU